UAAACCACAAGCUCUUAGAUUUUAUCAAUCCAAAAUGUUCAAGAUUAUUGCCCUUUUUGCCUGUUUGAUCGUCGUAGCCUCUGCCUACGGUGGAGAUCAUGGUCAUCAUGAGGAUCAUCACAGCCAUCCAAAAUACAAGUACGAGUACGGAGUCAAGGAUCAUCACACCAAGGAUCACAAGAGCCAGUGGGAAAGCCGAGAUGGAGAUCACACCAAGGGUCAAUACACUCUGGAUGAAGCUGAUGGAACCCACCGUGUCGUGGACUAUUCUUCGGACCAUAAGGGAGGAUUCCAACCUCAUGUUCAGCGAAUCGGCCAUGCCAAGCACCCACAUCACGGAGAGAGCUACGCCAAUAUUCAUCAACAUUAUUGA